AUGGGCGAAUGGCGAGAAGAAGUGAUGAUCUUGGGGGCCGAAUGGGACCGGUUGCCCCUGUCGUUUGGCGCGGAGGAGGCUUUAUGGGCAAAACGAGGCGUUGAAGUGGAUGUCAGCAAGCUUGGUGGCCCCCAGGCUGAAGGUCUGGUCGCAUACGCCGCAAAGCACGCCGAUAUGUAUCGCAAUCUCGCGCGUCGGGCGGAAAUUAUCCGGACAAGGCCGAAGCUUGCCCGGGGCCAUCGAGCAGAGCGCGAAAUCAACCAUGUUUAUGUGGACGUUGACGAGGCUGAAGAGGGGCGGCGAGCUGAUGGGUUAGUUGAGGAUGAUGACAUGGAUGAGCAGGGAAACGACAGUGAUGAGGAGAAUGAGGAGUAA